UUCAACUCCACCUUCACAGUUGCAAAAUGCUUUCCGAGAAAAACUAAGGGAAAGAACAUUGACCCAGAUCACACAAAAGUUUCACCAAUUCACAAUUUCAUAGUAAUUCACUACAGCCAAACCAUGAACAUAGGACUACCAGAUGUUUCAUGGAUAUGAAUUUGGGACCUACGCUUUCCACGCGUGUCAAUCUCCUUAGUUUGCAUGGUACCUCUCACCGCUCUAGUUCCUUCUUUUUUAUAGUUUCCUCUCCUCCCAGCUUUCUUGCCUUACCUGCUUUCAUUUCCUCUCUCACUCUCUCUGCCCAUAGAUUUUUCUAAACCAGUUCAUUUCCAUGACGGUGCGUCACUCUGUGUGUCUCACGAGCACUCCUAUUCUGUUGAUAUUGGUAUUACUGGGCUUUGAAGUUAUAGGAGGUGGCAGAGCUUCAAGGCUGAACCGAUGGGAGUCAGGGAUUCGAAUGCCCACAGAGAAGGAUGAUGCAGAAGAUGUUGAUGGAGAAGUUGGCACUAGAUGGGCUGUUCUUGUUGCUGGCUCAUCCGGUUAUGGAAAUUACAGGCACCAGGCGGAUAUAUGUCAUGCUUAUCAGUUGCUGAAGAAAGAUGGGCUGAAGGAGGAAAACAUAGUGGUUUUUAUGUAUGAUGAUAUAGCAAACAACGAGUUCAAUCCAAGGCCUGGGAUUAUCAUCAAUCAUCCACAAGGUUCUGAUGUGUAUGCAGGAGUGCCUAAGGAUUACACUGGUGAGCAAGUCACUGCAGAAAAUCUUUAUGCAGUACUUCUAGGCAACAAGAACAGGGUGAAAGGUGGAAGUGGGAAGGUUGUGGAUAGCAAACCCAAUGACAGGAUCUUUGUAUACUACUCUGAUCAUGGAGGCCCUGGCGUUCUAGGGAUGCCGAAUCUGCCUUACGUUUAUGCCAUGGACUUUCUUGAGGUUUUGAAGAAGAAACACGCAUCUGGAACAUACAAAAAGAUGGUUAUAUAUGUUGAAGCAUGUGAGAGUGGAAGUAUUUUUGAAGGUAUAAUGCCCCAAGAUCUAAACAUAUAUGUAACAACAGCGUCAAAUGCACAAGAGAGUAGCUUUGGAAUUUAUUGUCCAGGGAUGGAACCUUCUCCGCCUCCAGAGUACAUCACUUGCUUGGGGGACUUGUACAGUGUUGCUUGGAUGGAAGAUAGUGAGACUCAUAAUCUCAAGAAAGAAACAGUAGAACAGCAAUACCAGACGGUAAAGAACCGGACUUCCAAUUUCUUAAAUUACAAUAUAGGUUCCCAUGUGAUGGAAUAUGGAAAUACAAACAUCAAAGCUGAGAAGGUUUAUUUGUACCAAGGUUUUGAUCCUGCCACCGUGAACCUCCCUCCGAAUAAUCGCCUCCUUGAUACACACAUGGAAGUUAUUAACCAGAGAGAUGCAGAACUUUUCUUCCUGUGGCAGAUGUACAAAAAAUUAGAGAAUGGAUCACAAAAGGAUGAAAUCCUAAAGCAGAUAACAGAGACCAUGAGGCAUAGAACCCACUUAGAUGGCAGCAUAGAAUUAAUUGGAACAUUUCUAUACGGACCACAUAAAGGUUCUUCCAUCUUUAAUUCUGUGAGAGAACCUGGAAUGCCUCUUGUUGAUGACUGGGGAUGCUUGAAAUCAAUGGUUCGGUUGUUCGAAAACUAUUGUGGUUCAUUAACACAAUAUGGUAUGAAACAUAUGCGAGCCUUCGCCAACAUUUGCAAUAGUGGUGUUUCAAAGGUCUCAGUAGAGGAAGCCAUUGUGGCUGCUUGUAGUGGCCAUGACCCGGGCCUAUUGCAUCCUUCCAAUCAUGGUUAUAGUGCUUGAAUCCAGAUAAUAUAUGUUUGUGUCUGUAUAUAUUA